AUGGUGGAAAUGGUUAGUGAAUUUGAUCCAAUAAUGAAAGAGCACCUUCGGCGGACUAAUGCAAAAGAGAUUCAAUACACGUAUCUUGGCAAAAAAAUUCAAAAUGAGCUGAUACAGUUGUUAGCUAAUGAGGUGAGAAAUGCAAUUGUCAAGAAAGUUAAACAUGCAAAAUAUUUUGCAGUUAUACUUGAUUGUACUCCAGAUGCAAGUCAUGAGGAGCAGAUGUCGUUAAUAGUACGAUUUGUAGAUGAUUUGGCAAACUUACCUACAAUUGAAGAACAUUGGCUUGAAUUUUUGAAGGUAGAUAACACAACGGGACUUGGACUUACAACCGAGCUUCAAAAGGCUUUGAUCAAACUCGAUCUGGAUAUUGAUGACAUUAGAGGGCAAGGGUAUGAUAACGGAUCUAACAUGAGUGGGAAGCACAAAGGUGUGCAAAGAAGAGUACAUGAAAUGAAUCCCCAAGCUUUCUAUACUCCAUGUGGCGCUCAUAGUCUAAAUCUAGCGUUAUGUGAUAUGGUGAAUUGUUGUUCCAAAGCUGUAUCAUUCUUUGGAGUGAUACAUCGCAUCUACACUUUGUUUUCAUCUUCUACCAAGCGAUUGCAAAUUUUUAAAGAUAAUGUAAAAGGGUUGACAGUGAAGUCGUUGUCACAAACACGUUGGGAAAGUCAUGUUGAGAGUGUAAAGCCUAUAAUGGAGCAAACUGCACAGAUAAGAGAAUCAUUACUUGAUUUGGCAGAAACUAACGAAGAUCCUAAAGUAAAGAGUAAAGUCAAGUCGUUGGCAACACAUGAACUUCAGAAUUUUGAGUUCUUGCUUGGCAUGGUAAUCUGGUAUAGGUUGUUGCAUGCAGUCAAUAUUGUGAGUAAAUUUCUUCAAACCGAAUCUAUGGAUAUUAAUCAUGCUAUCGACCUAUUGCAAGGACUUGUUUCAUUUCUUGAAGAUUAUAGAGAAAUUGGAUUUGCCAUUGCUAUGGAUGAAGCGAUAAAAAAGACAAACGAAAUGGGAAUUGAAGCUCAAUCAGCAGAAGAAUCAUUUGGAUUUGAGUACUUUAUUUUUAUAAUUGAUCAAGCUCUAUCUUCUCUGAGGACUCGAUUUGAACAAUUCAAACAAUAUGGUUGUAUCUGCGGAAAGAAGUUUCUGGAAAUUGAAGUUGAUCAAGACCUAUCUCCGAUUAACUAUGUCACAAGAAAGAUUAAACGGAUUGCAGUUUUGCGUCCUCAAGACGAUUAA